AUGGCAGUCCACCUGCUGCCCUUUUGUGCUUUCUUCCUGACUUUGCUGGACACAGCCCAAGGCUCCAGGGACCCUGCCGUACCCAAGCAGCCCUUCAUCACCAUCUGGAAUGCAAAUACCGAAGAGUGCCUGAAGACACACGGUGUGGAUGUGGAUGUUAGUGUCUUUGAUGUGGUGGUCAACCCAGGGCAGACCUUCCGAGGCCCUAACAUGACCAUUUUCUACAGCGACCAGCUGGGCACUUACCCCUACUACAAGCCCACUGGGGAUCCUGUGUUUGGCGGCCUGCCCCAGAAUGCCAGCCUGGACACCCACCUGUCCCGCACACACCAAGACAUACUGGCUGCCAUACCUGAGCCUGACUUCUCAGGGCUGGUGGUUAUCGACUGGGAGGCAUGGCGUCCUCGCUGGGCCUUCAAUUGGGAUGCCAAGGAAAUUUACCGGCAGCGCUCAAUCGAGCUGGUACAGGCACAGCACCCUGACUGGCCGUUUUCUUGGGUGGAGGCAGAAGCUCAGAAGAAGUUCGAGGGAGCUGCGCAGGCCUGGAUGGCAGGCACCCUCCAGCUGGGGCGAGCACUUCGGCCUCGUGGCCUCUGGGGUUUCUACAGAUUUCCUAACUGUUAUAACUAUGACUUCCUAAACCCCAACUACACAGGUCAGUGUCCAGAACCCAUCAAGGCCCAGAAUGACCAGCUUGGAUGGCUGUGGGCCCAGAGUCGAGCCCUCUACCCCAGCAUCUACCUGCCUGCAGUGCUGGAGGGCACAGACAAGACACAGAUGUAUGUGCGGCACCGAGUGAGUGAGGCUCUCCGUGUGGCCUCCGCUCUUGGGAGCACUGACCUGCCCGUGCUGCCCUAUGCCCAGAUCUUCUAUGUCUCGAAAGACCGAUUCCUGCCCCUGGAGGAGCUGGAACACAGCCUGGGCGAGAGCGCAGCCCAGGGAGCAGCAGGUGUGGUGCUGUGGGUGAGCUGGGAGAACACAAAGACCAAGGAAUCAUGCCAGGCCAUCAAGGAAUAUGUGGAUGCCACUCUGGGGCCUUUCAUCCUGAACACGACCAAUGCGGCUCUCCUCUGCAGUCAUGCCCUGUGCUCAGGCCAUGGUCGAUGUGUCCGCCGCUCCAGUCACCCUGAGGCUCUCCUCAUCCUCAACCCAGCUAGUUUCUCCAUCCAGCACAAACCUGGGAGUGGGCCCCUGACCCUGCAGGGUGUCCUGUCACUUGAGGAUCGGGCUCAGAUGGCUGUGGAGUUCACAUGUAACUGUUACCGUGGUUGGUAUGGAGCAUGGUGUGAGCAGCAGGUUAAGGUGACUAGUCACUUAUAA